AUGGCCAAAGGUUUCCACCGCAGAAUUCCUUUUUAUAACCACACUGGUGAGAUCAACAUGAGUGACACCUCCUUUUAUUUAGCAGGGACACUCCUGGUGCUGCUAGUGUCAAACCUGCUUCUUUGGGGCCAUGUGGCCUCUGUACGUUUGUGCCCGAGCUGGGAUGGUUCCUGCCAGGGGACCGUCAAGGACAUGUUUGUUUAUGCCCUGAGCCUGUCUGAGGAAAUGCAAAACCAAACUACGGAAAUGUUAAAUAACUUCUUGCAUGAUGUAGAGUACACGCCAGGCAGAUGGUACCUUGAUGGGGCCCAAAGCAGCUGCCAUACUUCCACCUUUGCUGUUCUGCUACCUGGAGAGGAAACCGAACAGAUCCAAGGUAUAUUUCUUCUGCAAGAGAUACUCACUAUGUUGCAAGCUUGGAAAAACCCUCUAAAUCAGCUCGUGACUGAGCUGAGGGGUAUGACAGAAGCUCCUACUUCAAUCAUAGCAAGAGCCAACGUUGUCAGGACAAUAAUGGAUGGACUUCAAGAAGGUGUUAGAAGGAUCCUCAACAGGAUUCAUCCUGGAUUCAAAGAAGUUGAGGAGUACCCUGUCUGGAAAGGAUUAGCAUCCUUGCAGUCACCUGAUGAAGACAUUCGUGUUUUGGCUUUUCAUAACCUAUUUCAGUGCUUGAGCAGUGAUUCACGGAAGAUUGACUUUAAUCUAAAGCUCCUGAAGUGCCGAUUUGUCUAUGACAGAAAUUGUUAA